CAUGGGACCUCGAGGCGUCCGGCUCCUGGCGGUUCUCCUGGUCCUGGGGCUGUGGGCCCCGGCAGGGGCCCACAAACCUUCCCCCUGCCGGUGCUCACGGAUAGCCCCCCACAAGAGGGAGAACUGUGGAUUCCCGGGCAUCACCAGCGACCAGUGCUUCUCCUCUGGCUGCUGCUUCGACUCCAGCGUCGUGGGGGUCCCCUGGUGUUUCCACCCCCUCCCGAAGCAAGCGUCGGAGGAAUGCGUCAUGGAAGUCUCGGCCCGUAGGAACUGCGGGUACCCGGGCAUCAGCCCCGAGGAGUGCGCCUCCCGCAAGUGCUGCUUUUCUGACAACAUCUUCGAAGUGCCCUGGUGCUUCUUCCCGAUGUCCGUGGACGACUGUCAUUAUUAAGAGGAGUCCCUUCCGAGGACCAGCAGGCUCCCUGGAUGUCUGGAAAUGAGGACUACUCACCACCACAUCUCAGGUU